AUGGCUGCCGGGGUGAUUAGAAAUCUAAGUGACUUUCGGCUUGCCACAUCUUUCCAGCACGCUUUCUACUGCCCAUUGGACAUUCAAGAUACUUUAAUAGAGGAUGAGGAGGAAGAAGAAGACGAGGAAGAGGAGGAGUGUUACGGGCAGGAAGGGGAUGAAGAGGGCAUAGUGGAGAGUCGGAAUCUAUCAUGUCAGACACAUGGAGGGGAGAAGGAGUGGACUGAGGAAGGCUCCACCUCCAUCAACACAGAGACUACCUAUCGCCUCCUUCGCUUCGUUGACCUCAUCAACAGUGACAUCCAGCGCUACUUUGGACGGAAAAAUCGAGAAGAGGACCCAGACGCCUGCGACAUUUAUGAAGACCGUACGUUUUUGGGGAAAUGCGGCCGUGAGCGCUACUAUGCUGACCUAGUUAAGAUGGCUCAGACAGGGCAAGAGGAGGACCAGGAGUCACCCCCUUCCCUGAAUCUGCCCUGUGAGACUAACUGCCAGGCGCUUGAGGAGAUUUGUAGCCAGGAGAAUGCCCAGCAGUUGGGGCCCUUAGCUGAGCUCUUUGACUACGGCCUGCGUAGGUACGUGGGCUCCAGUGGAGGAAGCAAGCAGGUCGAUCGUCAGAGAGUGGAUAGGAGACAUGGGCAUAUUCUUCCCAUGUGCAAACGCCGUCUGCCCUCUAGUUUCUGGACAGAACCCGCGCCCACCCAUUCUGUCUGUAUGCUCAGUACCUCCAACACCCCCGAUUUCAGUGACCUUCUAGCCAACUGGACCACCGAGAGUGGCCAAGAGCUGCAGGGUGGAGUCAGGGACUCCCCUCAUGAGUUGACUCGGCAGGCACUUGAGACUGAUUUCAACAUGGCAUAG